CAUUUCCUUUGAUUGUUUCUCCUUGAGGACGGAUUCAGGCCUUCCUGCAGAGCUUAUCUCUUGGUUUCUCAUCCUCCGUCUCUCCACCCUUCUUUGAAAAGAGGAAGAGGUGAGCAAGGGUUACAAGGCAUCAAAAAGAAGUCCUCUCGUCCUUUACCAUGAUCAUCCCCAUUCGCUGCUUCACUUGUGGGAAGAUUGUUGGGAACAAAUGGGAGGCAUAUUUAGGUCUUCUUCAAGCAGAGUAUACAGAAGGUGAUGCUCUUGACGCUCUGGGUUUGAAGAGAUACUGCUGUCGCCGAAUGCUUCUGGCUCACGUGGAUCUCAUUGAGAAGUUGUUGAAUUAUGCACCGCUGGAGAAAUGAGGAGCUUUCUGUGCAACUGAAGAUGAAAAUCCCACUCGGCCUCUCCUCAUAUUUUCAAAGAUUUGAUCCUAAUGGAAGACACACAGGCAUGCGCUUCGACCCGGGCAUGGCUGGUUCAUUAGACUAUAUCUGAAGUAAACUUAUGAUGUUGUAUGUUUGUUUAUUUGCAUUUUGUUAAAUAAAGAUUGAAAUGUA